CGGAGCUGCGUUGCUCUCCACCUGCCAGCUGGAGCUCAGCGCCGCGGGGGGCCGCCGGGCUAGGGGGCGCCUGGGCUAAGCCCCAGUGAGCCCGCCGGGCGGGCCAUGGGCGACCGCGAGCGCAACAAGAAGCGGCUGCUGGAGCUGCUGCAGGCGGCGGGCACCGGCAACGCGCACUGCGCCGACUGCGGGGCGGCGGAUCCUGACUGGGCCUCCUACAAGCUGGGCAUUUUCAUCUGUCUGAACUGCUCCGGUGUGCACCGCAACUUCCCAGACAUCAGCAAAAUUAAAUCCGUGAGACUUGACUUCUGGGACGACAGUACUGUGGAGUUUAUGACCCACAAUGGAAACCUCCGUGUGAAGGCCAAGUACGAAGCCAGAGUCCCUGCUUUCUACUAUGUCCCCCAGGCCAACGACUGCCUGGUGUUAAAGGAACAGUGGAUUCGAGCUAAGUAUGAAAGACAGGAAUUUAUGGCCGAUGGGAAAUCCAUCUCACCCCCAGGUACCCGAGAAGGGUUCCUGUGGAAGCGGGGAAGGGACAAUGCCCAGUUCCUGAGAAGAAAGUUUGUCCUCCUGUCAAAAGAAGGCCUCCUGAAGUACUACACUAAAGAGGAGGGUAAAGGCCCCAAAGCUGUCAUCAGCAUCAAGGACUUGAACGCCACCUUUGAGACAGAGAAGAUAGGGAACCCCCAUGGGCUGCAGAUCACCUACAGGAGAGAGGGCCACGUCAGGAACCUUUUCGUGUACCACGAGAGUGGGAAGGAGAUAGUGGACUGGUUCAAUGCCCUCCGUGCUGCCCGUCUGCAAUACCUAAAAACAGCCUUUCCUGAGCUCCCAGAGUGUGAGCUCGUGCCCCUCCUCACCAGGAAGUACCUCAAACAAGGCUUCAUGGAAAAGACUGGUCCAAAGCAGAGAGAACCUUUCAAAAAAAGGUGGUUUGCCCUGGAUCCCCAGGAGCGGAGGCUGCUCUAUUACAAGAACCCACUGGAUGCCUUUGAACAGGGCCAGGUUUUUCUUGGGAGCAACGAGCAGGGGUACGGAGUCUAUGAGGACCUGCCCAAGGGUAUCCGAGGGAACCGCUGGAAAGCCGGCCUCACGAUUGUCACCCCUGAGCGGAGAUUCAUCUUCACCUGCCCCAGCGAGAAGGAGCAGCGGGAAUGGCUGGAGAGUUUUCAGGAUGUCCUCUCCCGCCCCUUGACGCCCUUCAACCUCCUCACCGCAUCAUCGGAGACUGGCCACAGCAGCAGGUGACCCCCUGGCUGAGGAGCUGGCCACUGGUCACGUGGAGCUCGUGGUAGGAAGGACAAGUUCUCACCUCGGCCUUGGUUGUCCUGCAGCAGUGCCCCGCCGUCAGCAGCCAUGGCUGGCCAUGACUUCUGCCAAGACUGAAGGUUUGGCCUUUCCCUGCUGGCUCCCUGGGCCUUCCC